AUGGCUACCAUCUUAGAGAGAGCAUUUAAGUCUAUCAUUUCUUCCAUUGCUUACUCUUACUUUUACUUUCGAGAAGACCACGUAAGGGUCAGAAAUAUCAAACACAACAUGCCGAAGGGGAAACCACUUUCUUUGCAGACUGUAGACCUCAAAGUCAGGAUGUGCUGCACUGGCUGUGAAAGAGUUGUCAAGAAUGCCAUUCAUAAGCUUAGAGGCAUUGAUUCAGUGGAGGUGGACCUAGAGAUGGAAAAGGUAACAGUUGUGGGGUAUGUGGAUCGAAACAAAGUCCUCAAGGCAGUGAGAAGGGCAGGAAAGAGGGCAGAAUUCUGGCCUUAUCCGAAUCCACCAUUGUACUUCACAUCUGCUAAUAUCUAUUUCAAGGACACAACAAGUGAUUUCAAAGAGAGUUACAACUAUUACAAGCAUGGCUACAAUCUUGCAGACAGGCAUGGAACCCUCCCAGUUAGCCACCGGGGAGACGACAAGGUCAGCAACAUGUUCAAUGAUGACAAUGUCAAUGCCUGCUGCCUCAUGUAG